GAUCCUCUGCGGGCGCCCUCUUAUUCCUCAAUGUCCACUCCAGUCGUCGUCCUCACAGGAGCAUCCAAAGGCAUCGGACUCGCAGUGGCGAGGUCCCUACUUGACGAGCACAACGCAUCCGUCGUGGCUUUGUCUCGCACCAGGACCAAAGAGCUGACCGAUCUGUGCGAAAAACAUACCAGUUCCUUGCUUUUCAUUGCGUGUGACGUGACUGAUGAAAAAGGAUUGACACAAGCCAUCGCCCAAGCCCAAGAAACGUAUCAGCGUAUCGACGGUCUCAUCCUCAAUGCGGGUACCCUGGACCCACUGGGCCGCAUAGACAAUCCGAGCAACACUCUGGAUUCUUGGCGAUAUCACUUCGAUGUCAACGUUUUCUCUCUGGUGACUGCUCUCAAGGCCGCCCUGCCCGCCCUACGCAAGAGCAAAUCGGGAGGUAGGAUUGUCUUCCUAAGUUCAGGUGCUGCAACCGGAAGCACUCCAGGAUGGAGCACAUACAAUGCGGGAAAGGCGGCUGUAAACAGCUUAUGCCGAACUUUGUCCAAGGAAGAACCUAAUAUCGUUUCUCUUGCUUUGGCUCCGGGAAAAGUGGAUACUGAUAUGCAAGCUAUCCUGCGAUCAACUGGAGCAGCACACAUGACAAAGGAAGACCACGACGUAUUCGUCAAUGUUCACAAGGAAGGGCAGCUCGUCAACCCACACGACGUUGGCUAUGCGAUUGCCAGCCUCUGUCUGCGCGCACCUCUGUCGAUGAGUGGUCAAUAUGUGCGGUGGGACUCUGAUGCUUGUAAAGAUUUCCGGAGAGAAUGAGCUGGUGCGUGUUUGUCGACAUGUAUGGUUUGUAUCGAUAGCCAUGUACGCAAAUGAAAAGAUCGACCUGUGGAUGAAUGAAAAAGUGUCCAUUGUCAGUUUUGCUUCGCAAAUGCAAAACGUUCCUGGCGUGGGCCAC